AUGAAACUUUUUCAUGACAACGGUGACCCGGGUUUUACAAAAAAGGGCCGUGACUUGAAUCGUUUCCGCUGCGAGUUAAAUGCUUACAGAAACCUCCAUUCAUUUGGUGUAUGUGAGCGCGGGUUUGUUCCUUACUAUUAUGGUUAUAUUGAUCGCCUUGACCCAAUCAAAUUCCAUCCACAUCUAACUCAUUUUGCGAAUGACCUGCACAAUCCGAGAGGUAUCCUGCUCGAGUACCUGCAAGAGACAGAGGAGCUUAACUGUGUGAACUACUUGGAUUGCCGCUUUCAAAUCGCCAUCCAUGGACUCCGGGAAAUUCACGACGCACUGAUUCAGCACCGUGAUGUCUAUCCAAAAAAUAUCCUCAUUGCCCGGGAAAGAGUCGUUUGGAUAGACUUCGAUGUUGCUGUAACUUUCCCAGAUAAAGAAUCAAUGGACUUGCAGGCGGAGGAAUAUUGCCAGUACGAAAUCAAGUUGCUUGAGAGCUUUGGGGAGCUUUUG